CUCGACAGAAUAACCACGGAUCCAAUCAUAUCGACGGAGAACAUUGUGUUCUCUCCGUCGCGCUCACCACCGCCCGUCGACCACUACCUAACGCCGGUACUGGAGCCCGCCGCAGUCCCAACGGAACGCGACCCAUUGAUAGGGACUGCACAGAAAGUCAAGAAGCCAUUCUAUCGUGCCCGCCCAUUAUGGCUGGUACCAUUUGCACUAAUUGCAUCUCUUACUCGCGGCAUGACGCUGGCGUCCCGUGUGGAAGUCUUUACACAACUAUCAUGCCACAGUGUAUACGAGCACUAUAAUCACACCCGCGUGGUACCGAGCUACUCUUCGUUCAACUCAAGCCAUUACGUAGUCCAUCUCGUAGAACCCCAUUCGAUCUCCGUGCAUUUAGCAUCAUCACCUAUCCACACUUCAGGCAAAAUCCACGCAAAGCGCGAUGUCGAUGACUCAGAUGAAGAUCCCCGUGUGCUACCAGGCAAAAAGUGUGUUUCAGAUCCCGCCGUUCAAGCAGGUGCUGCACGCCUGCAGACUAUGAUGACCACAACGAUGGGCGCACUCUCGGCUCUUACAACCGGCUGGUGGGGCCAGUUUGGGGAAAGGCACGGCCGCAUACCCAUUCUCGCUAUCUCCACCUUCGGACUCUUGCUUAUGGACCUCACAUUUAUUCUUGUAUCAACACCUCACAGCCCCCUGGCUGUACACUCGCAUAAGCUGCUCAUCCUUGCACCUAUCAUCGAAGGCUCUCUUGGAGGAUGGUCGACCUUGACCGGUGCUAAUACGGCCUACAUUGCCGAUUGCACAUCUCCUGGUUCCCGCGCAACUAUUUUCGCUCGUUUUACUGGCGUCCUUUCUAUCGGACUUGCUCUCGGACCCGUAAUCGGUGCAUGGUUGAUCAGGAAUCCGAUACCUUUCCUGAGUGCUGGAAAUAUCGAUCACCCACUACAAAGCGUCACAUCUGUCUUUUGGGUGGCGAUUACUUGUUCUUUCGUGAACUUGAUUUUAGUGCUCUUUGUGUUCCCCGAAUCUCUUCCCGCGUCUCGCAGAGCAUCAAAUAGGAAAGGUAAGGGUCGAGCUGUUGAAAGUGAUCCAGAAUUCCCUAGCGGUACGUGUAUCAUUGAGUUGGCUACCUUCGUUUUUAUAGGUAAGGUCGACGAGCUCUCCAAUGGAUGGAUUGCAACUCGCAUCAUCCGAAGCUUUCUAUCGCCCCUCGCUGUCUUCCUUCCGUCCCAUGUACCUGUACCUGUAGCUGCCAGCGCCACUGGAGACUCAGUUGUGUCCUCUCGCACGCGGAAAGACUGGGGUCUGACGUUCAUCAGCAUGUCGCUCUUCUCGCACAUGCUGGCAUCAGGGAUAUUCCAGCUCAAGUAUUUAUAUGCUGAGCAUAUCUAUGACUGGGCAGCCGAACAACUAAGCUACUAUAUCUCCUUCAUGGGAGCCUGCCGUGCUUGGCACUUACUCGUCUUCCUGCCAUUCCUUCUUCUAAAGUUCAAGCCCGUUCGUGCUCCGGUUUCCUCUACAGACACACCCACGAAUCCCACGUCAAAGCCCAAACCCACAAAGUCUCACCUAUUCAAUGAAAUGCGAUUCGAUCUGCGCGUCGUGCGGUACUCCAUGCUUAUGGACUUCCUUUCGCAUGCGCUUGUUGUCAUUGCGCCUCUGCCCUCUCCCGAUGGGAGUGAUGUUUGGUGGUCGCAGGCCAUGUUUGUUGGUGCAACAUCACUCUCGUCCAUUGGUGCGGGGGUGAUGCCAGCCAUGCAAAGCCUCGCAUUGUGCACCCUCCAGGGUCGUGCGCUUGCUGCUAAGGAAGCUGCUGCCCGUACAGGCGAGGCUCAGGAGCACGAUAAUGAUGUUGAGUUGGAGCCUGGAAAGCUUUUUGGCGCUCUCGCUGUCCUGCAAGCCAUCGGCCAGACUAUUCUUGGACCCAUGAUUUUUGGUCUCAUCUACAGCAGCACUGUAGCCUCCUUCCCAAAGGCCAUUUUCGCAACGGCCGGUGGCCUGGUACUGUUAUCAAUCAUGUUCACUCUCCUCGUC